AUGUUUUGGACAUUUGAUCUAUGUGUGCGUGCAUUUCCCCACUGUAAGCCAUUUGUGCAAGUGGAUGGAACAUGGCUAUACGGUAAAUAUACACAAAUCUUACUUAUUGCGAUUGCUCAAGACGAGAACAGGAACGUGCUACCAAUUGCGUUUGCCAUCGUAGAUAAAGAAAACAUGGAGUCGUGGGAAUUCUUUCUUACAAAUCUGCGGAGGCGUUCUGGUGUACCAUGGAGAUCCGUUUACUGCAUACGGUACAUUGCGGCUAACUUUCAUCGAGAUUAUAAGAAUACAGAUUGGAAGAGACAAGUUGUGAAAAUGGCUUACGAGCUAGAACCACACAUUUUUCGGCAGAGGAUGACUUGGCUUGAGAGUGACAUGGAAGGUCAGACGAACACAUCUUUCCGACAAUGGUUGGGUAGCAUGGAGCCAUGGCAAUGGGCUCAAAGUUUUGACGAGGGCUUUCGUUAUGGUCAAAUAACGAUAAACUUGGUGGAGAGGAUUAACGCUGUGUUGUUGAAAAUGCGACGUCUUCCGAUUUCAUCUGUCUUCUCAGCUACAUUCUAUAGGUUGGCUACCUUGAUGCCAAGAAUGGGUCAGCAACAAGUCAACCGGAUGGAGGCAGGACACGUGUUUGUCGAACAUACCAUCGGUCGUCGACCCAGUAUUCCACCUAGGUCAUACGGGGUUGAUCUCCGAAAUAGACGGUGCGAUUGUAGGAGGUUCCAAACACUUCAUGAUCCUUGUGCACAUGUUGUGGCAACUUGUGCUAAGGUCUCGCUCAAUGUAGAUCAAUUUAUCGAUGAGGUGUACAGACUUGAACGCACGUUGCGUGUAUGGGAGAAUGAGUUUCCUGUACUUCCUGACCUAUCUACUUGGGAGGUUCCUCAGAUGACCUUUGAGCUUAUCCCAGACAAAGGCUUGCGUAGGAACCCGAGAGGUCGUUUGCAAUCAUCAAGAAUCCGUAACGAAAUGAAAAUUAGAGAGAAAUCAGACGGGAAGCUGUGUGGAGUAUGCAGAUUAGUUGGUCACAAUCGGAGUAAUUGCCCACUCCGAAAUUACCAAACUGGACAAUCAUCGCGAUCGGAUAGAAAUUAA